AUGCCACAGAAAGCCUUGAAAGUAACCAAGAAAGCGAAGGAUCCACGUCGUGUGACGAAAAAGCAGAAGAACCUUCGAAAGGCUGCCCCAUUGCAGAUCAAGUCGAAGAAAAAGUCGUUGCAGCAUCUCAAGAAACUUAACAAGACCGCCUCAUUGACCGAGUCGACUGAAAAGUUGAUCGCUAGCAAAGUCGGUCAUCUGGAGCUCUUGAAGGGCACAAGACGAGAGCUUGAGAAGGAAAAGGGUAAGAAAUGA